AUGAGCAAAGAGUCUGUUCACGUUGCUGUCAUUGGAGCAGGUAUCAGCGGGGUAGUCACUGCAGGGCAUCUUCUAGCCACUGGGAUCAAAGUGACGGUCUUCGAGAGAAGCAAUGCAGCGGGAGGUGUAUGGCUCUAUGAUAAACGUGCUCCAAUUGAAGCACAAUAUCCAUCACCGAGGCCAUCUGCGUCGCAAGAGUAUGUUCAAGAUGACAGAAAGGACCGAGAAAGGAACAUUUUGCUGCAUGCACCCCCGGGGCCAUGCUAUGAAAGUCUCACCAAUAAUGUGUCCACUCCUUUGCUUCGGACAAAGCUCAAUGCCUGGCCUGAGGGAACUGGUCCAUUUGUAAGACAUAACGUGCUCAAAGACUAUAUCCAAGAUACAUCUCAGAAGGCUGGCGUUGAUAAUGUCACCAAGUUCGGUGCUCGAGUGGAUCGAGUGUACAAGAAUGGAUCGACAUGGAAUGUUCAUUGGAGUACGCUCAGCGGCUCAGAUCAGGACGUUGUGGAACAGAACUCAGCAGCAAGUCAUCACAUUAUUACCAGCCGGGGGAACAUAAGACAGCUAACCAAAUUCCAGUCGUUCGACUCAGUGAUCGUGGCUUCAGGUCACUACCAUACACCCCUUGUUCCAGAUAUUAGAGGACUGGCCGAAGCAAAGACCCAAUGGCCCGCCAAAAUUUUCCACUCCAAGUCGUUCCGGCGAUCACAGGGAUUGGAAGGAAAGAAUGUCCUUUUGAUUGGCGGAGGGGUGUCUGCUAUCGACAUAGCCAAGGAGAUUAGUGCCACGGUUAAUCAAAUCUACCAAAGCACCCGGAAUGGCGCCUUUGACCUCCCCGAGACUGCACUGCCAUCGAAUGCGACCCGAAUUGGUGAAAUUGAAGAGUUCAAACCCUCCGACCCCAAUGUUCCAACUGAGCACUUGCCAUUGACCGCACAUAUCAAGUCUGGGGGGAUUUUAGAGGACAUUGAUGUGAUCAUUCUUUGCACAGGAUACCAACUUGCUUUUCCGUUCCUGGACCAGCUUAACGACUACAGUUUGUCAGCCACCCAGGCUGAUGAAAAUGUACUUGUGACCGACGGCACUCAAAUCCACAACUUGCACAAAGAUAUCUUCUAUAUCCCCGACCCAACAUUGGCAUUCGUCGGCAUACCAUUCUACACAGCAACGUUCUCGCUGUUUGAGUUUCAAGCCAUUGCAGUGGUGGCUUUUCUUUCUGGUGUCGCAAGUCUUCCACCCACUGAGAGCCUACGGGAAGAGUAUGCUACUCGCCUAAAGGAGAAGGGCUAUGGCCGGAGUUUCCAUUCGCUCAGGGAUCAGGAGCAACCUUAUGUUAAGGAACUGUUGGAAUGGGUCAAUGCUGGUAGAGCCGAUAAAGGUUUACAGCUGGUUGAGGGUCACACUGAGGCUUGGAUUCAGGAAAAGGCCGCUCUGGGGGAAAGGCUUAAAUUGAUAUUUGCAGGGCAGCUUCCAAGGGCACAGGCACUCGAAAGUCCCCUAGCGGUGAAAGUCACCGCAUGA